AGUCGCCACUUGAUAGCUGUCAGAUCACUUAUUGCGCAUGAUCGUCAAUUCAUAGGUUCGCUUCGUCAUAAUUUUGGUGUGUUCCGAAAUAUGAGAAACAAAACUGUUGCAACCUUUCUGUGACCGAGUGUACGUUCAAUGGAUAUCACUCGCAAGUUACAUAUACGAAUAGUUACGAAUGACUCGAGCAAUUUGUAUACAAAGCCCUUACCGGGUAACCUCUCUGUCAUUACGUACAAUGGAAGAUUUCAUAAAAAUCGAGAAAAUCGGAGAAGGUACAUAUGGAGUGGUAUAUAAAGGAAAACACAAAAAGACCGGAGAAAUUGUGGCUAUGAAGAAAAUUCGUCUAGAAGGUGACGAUGAAGGGAUACCAUCAACCGCUAUCAGAGAGAUUUCAUUACUUAAGGAAUUGAAUCAUCCGAACAUUGUGAAUUUAAUGGAUGUCUUAAUGGAAGAAUCAAAAUUGUAUCUUAUAUUUGAGUAUUUAACUAUGGAUCUGAAGAAAUACAUGGAUAGUUUAGGCAACAAGCUAAUGGACCCACAACUGAUCAAGUCAUAUGUAUUUCAGAUCAUACGUGCCAUAUUGUUUUGCCACAAGCGCAGGAUAUUACAUCGCGACUUAAAGCCGCAGAAUUUGCUGAUUGGCAGAAAAGGGGUUAUUAAAGUGGCGGAUUUUGGAUUAGGAAGAGCAUUUGGGAUUCCAGUUAGAAUAUAUACGCAUGAAGUGGUGACGUUAUGGUAUAGAGCACCUGAGAUUCUUCUUGGUGCUACUAGAUAUUCCUGUGCAAUCGAUAUGUGGAGUAUUGGAUGUAUUUUUGCAGAGAUGACUACUAAAAAACCAUUGUUCCAGGGAGACAGUGAGAUAGAUCAGCUCUUUAGAAUAUUCCGAAUACUGAGAACACCAACAGAAGAGAUUUGGCCAGGAGUCACACAGCUGUCGGAUUAUAAAGCAACGUUUCCGAAUUGGAUGACAAAUAAUUUGGAGUUGCAUGUUAAGCAUUUGGAUGCGUGUGGUCUAGAUUUGUUACAGUCGAUGCUUAAAUAUGAUCCUGUGUACAGAAUAUCCGCACGAGCAGCAUUGCAGCAUCCUUAUUUCAAUGAUAUAGAUAUGUGUGAAAUACCGGCGGCGUAACACGACACAAAAGCCAUCUGGAAGAGACCAGAAUUUGUUCGAUAUAUUUUCAUUGUCCAGAGAGAAUUUGCUCUAUGGAGAAUUUUAAGCUCAUAUUCUGAACUUUUUUGUUAAUAAAAGUGCCUUAAAUGUAGCUCCUCAAUCAAUUAGAUAGUUUCUAAGUCCACUUUUAAAGGCAUUUUUAUCAAUAAAAAUUCAGAAUCCAGGCCUUAAUUGAUAAUGCCCGUUCCAUACGUUACUCAGUAUUUUAUCGGUUCACUUUUCAGUGAUUAUAGUUAAUGUUAUGUGUCAAACUCGUGUUUGUACUUGCUUUUAUAUUUAUAUAGUUUGCUUCAUUAUAUAAUUUGACACAUAAUAUCCCACAUGUACCUUUCUAUACAGAAUGUAUUCAAACUUCAUCGACAAACUCACGGAAUAGAUUCUACAUAAAAAAAAAAUGAAAACGUCUUAAUAAAUACUUCUAACGUUUAGUUUCUAAAAUAAUAGCUGCCGCAAUCUUAGUUGAAAAAAAUUUUAUUUUAUUUAUUAAAUUAUAUUGUACAAAUAAGUAACUAAACAUAUUCUUUUAUAAAAAAGUAUUAGCAUUUUUAACCCGCUUAUCGCGACCAAUGGUUUUUUUUAUUUAUUUUUCAAUAUAGAAUCUGUCCUGUAAGUUUGCCAGUAGAGUUCAGAUAUACCAUAUACACU